UAACGAACUAAACUAUUGGAUUCGUCAAAAGUAAGAUAAGCAAUAUCUACGCCUGCAUGAUACUGUAUAUAAAUAACCGUACUCUCUUUAUUUUUUAGUUGUGUUCAAAAUACAGACGAAUCAAAGCGAAAUAUGGCGCCGGAAAUAAAAUAUACGAAGUUAUUUAUUGACAAUGAGUGGGUGGAUGCAAAAAGCGGGAAGACUUUCGAGACCCGUUCUCCGCAUGACGGCGCUGUCAUUGCUAGAGUUGCUGAAGGUGAUAAGGCAGAUGUAAACGAGGCGGUAAAGGCAGCUCGUCGUGCCUUCCACCGUAAUUCAGAGUGGCGACUUAUGGACGCUUCCCAGAGAGGCCGCAUCCUGAACAAAUUCGCAGACUUAGUUGAAAGAGAUGCCGAAUAUCUAGGUCAAUUGGAAUCUUACGACAAUGGCAUGGUGUUGAAUUUGGCCCAGUUAGUCACUGGUAGUGCUGGUAAAUCCAUCAGAUAUAUCGCUAGCCUAGCAGAUAAAAUUCAAGGAGAUACAAUUCCAAUCGAUGGUGAGGCCUUCUCCUACACUUUGAAGCAGCCGGUUGGAGUAUGUGGUUUAAUUCUACCCUGGAAUUUCCCUAUCGCGAUGUUCCUUAACAAAGUUAUGACAGCGCUCGCAGCAGGUUGCACCGUGGUCAUAAAGCCGGCAGAACAAACCCCACUCACAGCGCUGGCUCUAGCGGCUCUGCUGAAGGAGGCGGGAGUGCCGAAGGGCGUCGUGAAUGUCAUCAAUGGCUACGGAGAGACCGCUGGAGUGGCGCUUACGCAUCACCCUCAUGUCGCUAAGAUCUCUUUUACAGGGUCAGCUGAGGUCGGCAAGCUUAUUCAACAAGCGGCUGGUGCUAGAAACCUGAAGAGAGUAACCCUGGAGCUCGGAGGCAAGAGUCCUCUCGUCGUUAUGGAUGACGCUGAUUUGAACCUAGCUGUACCUUACGCUGCCCACGGAGUGUUCUCACAUCAAGGACAAGUUUGCGUCGCUGCAUCGCGUCUCUACGUCCAGUCGACUAUCUACGACAAGUUUGUUGAAGCUGCAGUUAAUUUUGCGAAGAGCAUUAAAGUCGGCAAUCCUACUGAUGCGACUGUACAACAAGGACCACAGGUGGACGAGGAAAUGAUGAACAAAGUUCUUGGAUACAUUGAACGGGGCAAAAAAGAGGGUGCUAAAUUAAUGACGGGAGGAAAGCGUGUGGGCAGCACAGGGUUUUUCAUUGAGCCUACCGUAUUUGCUGGUGUCAGUGAUGACAUGACAAUCGCCAAGGAAGAGAUCUUUGGGCCUGUCCAAAGCAUCUUGAAGUUUGACACCCUGGAAGAGGUCAUUGACCGCGCCAACGACACCAACUACGGCCUGGCAGCCGGCAUCUUCACCACUAACAUCAACACUGCCUUGCAGUUCACCAAACAUGUUGAAGCUGGUGUAGUAUGGGUCAAUACAUACCUCUUCACUGGGCCUCAGUGUCCGUUUGGCGGCGUCAAAGAUUCUGGCUACGGACGUGAAAAUGGUAUCCAGAGCGUUGACCCCUACUUGGAGGUAAAGACGGUAACCGUGGCACUGCCGAAGAAAUUAUAAAGAUUAACUUCCUAAAGAGUUAAUUGGAAUUAUUGGAAUAUUACAAAUUAGAAAAUUAUAAACGUAUUAUUUUAAUACAUCACUGUAAUUCUGUGCGUUGUAUUUUAUAAAAAAUGAACUUUGCAUAAAUAUAUAUAAAAGUUCCUUAUAAAAUCCUCUUUCCAAGAUAUCAAAUAGAUAAAGUCCGUCCAGAAUUUUUCGAGAUUAGCGCAUACAAAUUUAAAGCGCAUGGGGGAAAAUAAGGGGAUUUAAUAUUAUGAAGUGAUAAAUAAAGUUGUACUUUUUUAA